AUGAGUGUCGAAAUAAGUGCUGAAGAGUUCAGGAAUGUUGAGGUAAGACUUCAGGCUAUUUAUGUUAAUUUUUUAAAUGAAUUUAGUUUUGUUUGGGCAGUCAAUAUUGCAUAUUCUUGAUAUUUUCUUGAUUUUUAAUAGUUUUUCUUUAUUAUUUUUGAUUUUCUAGCUCUUUCUUGAAAACUUGUGUAUUAUUUUAUAGUUUUAAAAAUUCCCCGUUUAAUUCUACAUCUAUUGUUUGUAUUUUCAGGAGAUUAGAGUGAGGAAGCGCCUUUCAGCGCUCCCACGAGAUCGUAUCUACGACUAUUUUGCUGGCGUGGACAAGAUCCUUAAGGAUUUGGCCGAUCAACGUCUGGAACUGGAGGCAGAAGAGCUUCUGAGGCUGGAGAGUUUGAAAGAUGCUUAUUCUUUUUGCUUUUCUUCUAGAAAUGAGCUGAAUUCUAUAAAGAAUCAAGCUCAAGAGCUUGUUGUAGAUGAUCAAAACAGGAAGGAGAAAAUUUUGAAGGAUGUGAAAGAGGUAAGUCUUAUAUUUUUAUUGUUAUAUGUUUAGAAAGCUCCUGCGUUGAUGGAACAUAUCAAAAAGUUGGCAGAGAUGAAGACAAGGCUGGUGGAAUUGAAGUUUGCUCAACCGUUCGAGAUGGAGAUCGAGAACAUCAAGGUGGCGUUGGUUUCUAGAGAUUAUGAGCUACUGAUGAGUCGAUAUGAAAGCACGAUCCUUGAAUCUUCUAGAGUAUGUUUUUUAGUUGUUUUUUAUGGUUUUUAGACGAGUUUUUCAAUGAAAAAACAGCCUAUAUAAAGGAUAAUGUUAUCGUUUAGGUCCCACCUCCAUUAUUCCAAUAUUUCGAGUCGAAGGCUGAAUCUUUGGACAUAUACCUAUUAGAAAAGCUGGAGAAGGACCUUUACCAAACCUUCGAGAAGAUUAGAUUCCCAUUUGAAUACUCAGUCGACUUCCGAGCAGUAAAAUCAGAGCUAGAGACGACGAUUCAGAUUCUUCGGGCAAUCUUCACAAUUGUUAAUCGAAAUGGGCAGAAAUCGGCGAAAGAUGUGCUGGGACUGGUGACAAAGGCCUUCGAGGAAAGAUUCAACUUUCAUUUUUGGGGAUCCAACAAAACCAAUGAUCCAGCGAAGCCAGAAUGGUUCUUCAAACAAACGUUGGAAUGGAUAACAUAUAAUGGUGACUACUUCUCGAUUUAUGUGCAGAAGCUUUGUGAUUUGGUGAGUUUUGAACUUGAUUUUGUUUUGUUUUAGGUAGUCAUUUAGGUUUUUAAGGAUUAUAUAACAUUCUUUUACAUUUUGAUGGAUAAUAUUGUUGUUAUUUUUGAUUUUCAAGUGAAAACAAACGUAAAUUGAGGCUUUUAAGUGUAAUAUGGUUAAACUAGAUUAAUGUGAUAUUGUUUCAGUGGGAUUUGCCAGAAACCGCAGACGAAUUGUUCAUAAACUGCUUGUUGAAGAAGGUAAUGGAUAAGGUCAAGUCUUUGUUGGGUAAACGGACUUUCAUGUCGAAUCGGAUCUACUUUUCUCAUCUUUUAGACGAAAGCAUAUCAUUUAGUAACGAAAUUAGUCAACGUAAGUUAGUUUUUGCUUUUUUUGUGGGGAAAAUGGAUGAAAUAGCACUAAAAUAAGGUUAAUUUUGAUGUUUUGAUUAAGAUAUUGAGGUUGAUGAGAUUUUGGAUUGGAAAUUAAGAUUUUUGAUUAGCUUUAAGAUAUUUAAAUGUUGUUUUUGAUAUAGAGUAGCUUUUUAUAAAAUAUUUUUAAUUUUCUGAUAUUAUAGUAUGUGAAAACGGGACCUCUUUGCCAGACGUGAUGACACUAUUUAUGGACGCUUCGAUAACCGAUGAGUGGAUUGAACUUGAAAAGGACACCUUAUCAGCUGGAAUUGAUGACAUUCUGGCUGAUUCCAAUGCCUAUAAAUGUCGUUUCGAAGAGGCAAAGGAUAUUGAUAAGGUAAGGUCGUAAUUUUGAUGGUUUUUUGAUUUUUAGGUGAUCUUAAGAGUUUUUUUUUGGUUUUAAGUGACCUUAAGGGGUUUUCUGUUAUUUUUGUUGUUUUUGACACGAUUAUUCGGCUUAUUUUUCAGUUCAUCGUACCAAACUUUGCCAACACCUUCAUCUUGCUCAUGAGGUCCAUGUCAGAGCGCUACAUGAUGAUCACAGUAGCCUCGAUUCGCUCCAGAUUCCUCAAGCAUCAGCUCGUAAUCAUUGACGAAUUCCUGAGUCGAAUUGCCAGAAUCUUUCACGAAGUCGAGUCUCCAUGGCACGACCCCUAUCCAGCACUAAUGAACGCCGUAUGGUACAUUGGUGUGGUGUUGGACGAGUGGAAUUCAGAAGACGCGUUCAUAGAGCUGGGUGGAUCAGAUGGGCUACAGAGUUUGGCUAGAGGACCGUUUGAUGAGAGCGCGGAUUUGUAUCGACAUGAGUGGAGGAAGAGGGCAAAACAUUUGUUAACAUCGUUCAGGAGUAUUAUUGAUGGAAAGGUUCAGGUAAGGUGACGUUUAGGCUUGGAAUUGAAAAGUAGUGUUGGGGAGGGGUUUUUUAGGGUUUAUAAUUUGUAAAAGAAGCUUAUAAAAGAGGUUUUAGGCCUAAAAUAACGAGAACUUUAAUAUUUUUUCAUUUUUUAAAUUUUUUUUAUUUUUAAAAUGAAAUUUUAGGUAUACGCGACCCAAAACUGGUUCCAAAUGAACCACUCGAAGCCUCAGGACUUUUCCCCAACCUUAUCCAACUUUUUUGAGGAAAUCCAGAACAGAAUCGACUGGUUGAGAGACUACAUCAGCGAGGACUCCAGGCUGUCCCUCUACAAGCUUUUGAACUUUGAAAUUUGGGAUUGCUUGAUGAUUGAAGUGGUCUCAUCGAACUCUUUCACCUAUAAAGCAGCAGCUCAGAUGCUAUACGACUUCCAAAGUGGCCUCAUUCCGUUGUUGAACAAGGCGUUUGUGCCAUCGAAACGAAACUUGAGCUUGGAUUCGGGAUUUCGACAUUUUAAUGUGAGCAUGGAGAAGGUAAGAGACGGUUGAUUUUAGAAUUUUAGGUAAUAACUUUGAUUUUUUUUGAAAUUUUUGCUUUAAAAUGAGGAUUUAAGAGUUUUAGGUAAUAAAUUUGAUUUUUUUUCGAAAUUUUGUUUAAAAACGAGGAUUUUUUAAAUUUUAGGUAAUAAACUUUGGAAACAUGUUCAAUAUCUUUUAUUUUUAACUCUCUGACACUUUAUCUUUACCUCGUUGUAGAGAUGCUCCGAAGUCCUGAACGUCCUUCAACUCCUGGCAUUACCUUCCCCAACAGCUAUCCUUCUACGCGAUGAGAUCCAACGAAUCCCAGAAUCGAUGGUACAGGAGAAGACGGCUCCAUUCGGAAUCAGUGACUUCAAUCGGGAACAGCUCCUGAUAUUGUUCGAGCAGAGGUGUGAUAUGCAUCGGAUUGGUCGUUAA